GAACUUUACUACUUUCAAUUAUUUUUUAGAUCCUUGAGGGUAUUGUCUCUUCACCAUCAAGUUUUAAAAAAGUUGAAGGUCCUGGAUCUCUGACCCUAAAUGAUAUGACUGAGGAAGAUAAUGAAUAUUUCAUCUUCAAAUUUCCUCCUGGAUUUCUGAAUCCAAGUUCCCUUGUUGGUAACAAGAUAAAAGUUAAAAAUAGUUCAUCACAGAUAGUAUGCUUGGGGAGGAACUCAUAUGAAUUGUCCAUACAUGAGGAUUCAUCACUUCUUGAUACUCCAGCUGUUUUUCUUCCUGACAACACUGGGCAACUUUCUCAAGCUGAUAUGAAAAUUAGUGGUCACAUCACAAUGAAGAAAGUUCCCCUUUCCUGUGCUGAUGCUCAAAAGAUAGACAUUGAUGAUUUACGUUCUAGGAGCCACAAACCUCCAGAAAUAAGGGAAAGGAGUUUCUUUCAAGAUCCAGGAUCUCCGAUGAGCCCUGUAAAAUACACCAAGAAAGCUAAACAUUCCAAAGAGAAAACACCCAAAAGUAAAAAGAGAAAAAGUAUGAUGGAGAGUGAGUUAAUAGUUCCUGCAGUAGUUGCAAAAGAAAAUUUAAGGAGUCCACUUAAAAAAGCUGAUAGGAAACUUGAAAAGUUGAAAAAAGAAAUUGGUACAGAAAGCCCAUAUAAAGUAGCCUCUCCUUACCUUAUGAAAGGACACACUAUCAGUGAUUCAGAUAGAGAAAGUGAACUUGAAAGGGAAAUAAAAAUUAAAAAAGAAAUAAUAACUCCAAAGAAAAAAAGGAAAUCUAAGAGCUUUGAGGAGUUCUCCACUCUUGGAAUUUCUCCAAAUAUAAGUAUUAAAAAAGAAAAAGAAUUUUAGCAGCUUAUAAAAACAAUAGUAACAUCAUAAAAUGUAUGCCUGCUGUAUGUAUUUAAUUUUUAGUAUGAAGUCUCGAGUUUGUUUGAUAUUAUAUGAUGACCUAAUUCAGGAUAUUUUUGCUGUCAAUUUGAUAUCUUAUAAAUAAAGAGGGUAUAUUA